AUGGUUGUUGUUCCUGCGUCGAGAGUGGCUGGCGUGGCGGGAGCGGCCGGGCGACUUCCCUGCCUGGUGAGCCACAAGCACCACCACGACACCCCGGUCCUGGUGCUCUGGUACAGGGACGGCGCCAGGUUCCCCUUCUACACACUUGACCUACGCGAGGGCGGCGACAGACAGGAGUUCGUCGACCCCGUGGUGAAGGGCAGAGUCAGGUCAGAGGUCACGGGCUCCCACCUGACCCUCGACCCGCUCAAAGGGGAGGACACGGGCAGAUACAAGUGCCGCGUGGACUUCGAGGUGUCGCCAACCCUCUUCGCCUACGUCAACCUCACUGUGUAUGUGGUGCCAUCCAGACUGAUGGUGGUGGGCAGCGACAACGAGGCCGUAGCGGCGGGUCUCCUCGGGCCCUUGACGGAAGGCGAAGCUCUCACCCUCUACUGCGUCGCUCUGGGAGGGUGGCCGGCCCCUGAGGUGACCUGGUGGCGCGGGUCAACGCUGCUCGCCAACCACAGCCUCACCACAGGGUACGACCGGGCGGCCCUCGCUUCCUUCCCCGCCCCGCCGCCGCCCUCCGCCAGCGAGGGUCAGGUCCGUACGGAGCUCAGCAUCCCGGCCCUCACGCGGGACUACGUGCAGGCGAACCUCUCCUGCCGCGCCGCCAACAACAACAUCACGGCGCCGCUCACCACCUCGAUGGCCCUCCUCGUCUACCUGAAGCCGAGGUCCGUGGACAUCCGGGUACCCAACACCCCCUUGGUGGCGGGGCAGGAGACGCGGCUGGAGUGUGUGGCGGUGGGAGCGUACCCGGCGGCCACGCUCACCUGGACCAAGACGCUGCGAGGGGUUCCCACCACCCUGCACGCCCACUCCCGUCACGUCGGGGAGAAGACGUGGUCGUACCUGCCGGUGGUGCCCAAGGCCGGGGACCACCAGGCCACCCUCACCUGCACCGCCAGGAACCCCAACAUCUCCCACCCCGGCAUCACCACCACCACCACCCUCACCGUCGUAUACGCGCCGCGGGUUGCGCUGCGCCUCGGGGCAAACCUCGGCGCCCAACCCAUCACGGAGGGCAGGGACGUGUACUUCGAGUGUGACGUCGACUGCAACCCACCCGCCAGGGAAGUCGUGUGGACCAAGGACAACGAGCGAGUGACCAGCCAACGCAAGGAAGGCAUCUUGGUGUCGGACAGGAACUUGGUGCUACAAACGGUCCGCCGCUCCUCCGCCGGGGACUACACCUGCACGGCCACCAAUACGCAGGGCACCACCACCAGCAACACCCUGCACCUGGACAUAAUGUACCUGCCAGUGUGCGAGGAUGGGCCGCAGACGGUGGCGGUGGCGGAGGGGGAGAACACCCGCCUCUCCUGCAGGGUGGACGCGCGGCCCCACGACGACCUCUCCUUCACCUGGUUCUUCAACAACACCCUCGACACUGUGGAAGUGGACCACCACCGCUUCUCGGUCCACCCCGGCCUCAGUGUCCUCGACUACACGCCGAGGUCUGCGAGGGACUACGGCACGUUGUCCUGCUGGGCCACCAACACCGUGGGCACUCAGGCUGAGCCGUGCAGGUUCACCGUCGUGGAGGCAGGGCCCCCAGAACGUGUAGCCAAUUGCGUCCUCGUGAACCUGACGGUGGGCACCCUGGAGGUGGGCUGCACGCCUGGUAACGACGGCGGGAUGCCGCAGCGCUUCGUGGCGCGGGUGUAUGCCGCCCCGACGCAAGCGCUGCUGGCUACACUGGAGGAGUCGUCACCAAGGUUCCACGUGAGCGGCCUCACGCCCGGCCAGGACUACCUCAUCACCGUCACGGCCAUGAACGCCAAGGGGGAAAGUGAACCAGAGGAGAUCGACGCUGUCCGCCUCAAGGUGGCGGAGAAGAGGAUGGUGGAGGUUACGCCCGCGCCCGUGUCCCCGCUCGUGGGCGUGUUCCUGGGCCUCGUGGGCGGCUUCGUCUUUCUUCUGUUGGCUGGUGUCUUCCUAUCCCGCGGCCGGUCUCAUAGGUGUAGAUGCUGGGAGCACCACCACCACCACCAGACAGCGGACGACUCAGCGAGGACCUCCCCGCCCCCGAGCACCAUCACCACCACUACCACCACCACGCCCACCACCCACGCCCGCACCGUUUCUCUACAAAGCCAGGAAAGAAGACCCGCGCCAGACGUCUUGAAAACUAUUAAUGCUCAGCUCUUGGAGAGUGACAUAUGUCCAGAGGUUAUAUCAGCGCGUGUCCCGCCGCCCCCCUAUACCCGCACCCAGACGGCGGUUGUGCGAGAGUCCCCAGCCACGACCACAGCGGGGAGGCCGCCCAGCCCGAUACUGCUGCCCCACCACGAGAGCUUCGUCUAGAGUCUUCCGGGCCUUCUGUGUGACGCCUGGCGCCUGGAAGAGACAGGGCAAGAGGAGGAGAGUUUGUAAAUAUAGAUCAGAAAAAGACGUCGUGCACCAGCGCCCAGAAAGGAGCCACAGAUUCGCCAACACCAUCUGGUAUGUCUCGCGGAGCAGUAUGAUUCCUGCCCACCGUGUCCUCGCCUCCGGACUAGCACGUCCCUCAAGAAGGUGAGACCAACGACCAAGCACGGCAGUUGAAGACAUUCUCCCCUGCCGCCGCCGCCGCCCCUUCCAUCUUCAUUUGAGAGUGAAGACUCGGCCUUUCCGAUAACAAGCAGAGUUAUGUAUUGUAUUCAUAUUAAUGGAUCUUACUUAUGUAUUAUAUAACACAAAGGUUCCAAGGCCUUAAUGUGGCCGUUGGUGGGGUACAGGUGUGUAUGGAGGAGCAGGUGUUAGCGGGAGAGAUGGCGUGCGUGGCGGGUGUGGUGCGCCCCGCCGCCCCCUGCUAGGCUGGGUCUGUGUGGUGCCGUUAUUAGAUGGUCUGAUUCACGUCACUUUUAUCAUAUGUUCACGUCAACGCCAAGUAUGUGUCAGGGAAACCACAGGAACGGGAAACACGACUUUGGGAGUGAGGGCGACGCACCCACUCCCCGAUUCCUAGCUGAGCGACACAGUUCAGAAUUACAUAAUACUUCCUCGACACCUGAGCGACUCCCACACCGGAGGGACACGCGUGCCGUGCAUCCCCCACACAAGGUUAAUGUAUACUCCAGCGACGUCACCAUUUGUGGUGAGGCGCCCUGACCUUUUUUUGUGUAUCUCAAUGGUAAGCACUUCGGUCUGUACCCGUAGCAGUGCCGCCGCCGCGCACACAGCGGCGCGGCGUCGCAGCCACUCGCCCCGCGGCUGGGGUCCCGCGGGCCCCGGGAAGCCUUGCGCUUGGACCCGAGAGAGAAACGUGACAUCGAUUUUUCGCAUUCCGUUGUCUCUUUUUUCCGGUGUGAAUAGAAGCUGUGCACUUCACGAAACAAGUUCAUGUGGUGUAUUUUUUUACCUUAAUGUUUAUUUGUAAUAUUCUCCACAACAAUAAUCUCCACCAUAAUAUUUGUGUGAUGUAUGUUUUCUCGACCGUCCCCAUAACCGUGGACUUGUUUUCCCUUAUUUAUGUUCCUUCACUCUCCGUGUCUCGGCCACCCUCGAGGCGCGGCGCCGCCCGUAAGGCCGCCGCCCGCCAGCCGCCGCCGCUACGUGUAGGUCUGGAUGUUUGUAUGUCAUUUUUGUAAAUUCUUAUGUGAUUAUGGCCGAAAUAGCAGUUACAUGUAUAUUUUAUAUAAUAAAAGCAAAUUUAUUACACCAAAAUGCGUAUUCAG